UACAAAAAAGUUCAUUCCCUGACCAUAAAUGUCUGCUUGUGUUGCAAAGUAUCACCCCUGGAUCCAGAAACAGAACAUCUGGCCUGCACAUCUCAGAGAGGCUUUAAGACAGAGGAAGCACUGCAAGGUUUCACAGAGAUUCAGGAUGAACUCAGCACAUGUUCUUCUGGCUUUGCCUAUGCUUUUGCUUUUCUCCAGAGUCAAUGCUCAGCCGGGCUACAUGCAUGAUGAGGGUGAAGAUUGGGUGAAUAUGUGGCGCCAGGGCUUCAACUUCCAGUGUCCCCAUGGAGAGGUCUUGGUGGCUAUCAGGAGUUACUUUAGUGAAAAGGAAGGGUCUGAUCGCCUGUGGAACUUUGAGUGCCAGAGGACUCCCUUCGACUGGGGAGAGCCUAAUGAAUGCUGGUGGGACGAUAUCAACAGAGCUGGGAUGGAAUGGUCCUCUGUUUGCUCUAACAAUGGGCUGGUUGCUGGCUUGCAAAGUCAAUACUUUGAUGCAGUUCUGGAUCGGGAAUGGCAAUUCUACUGCUGCCGAUACGGACGCAGAUGCCCGUAUUCCUGCUGGAAGACAUCUGAUGUCCCGGAGUACCACAGGGAAGAGGGGGAAAUGGUGAUCCCUACUUAUGGCUACUUCAUCAGGGGAGCUCAAACUACUUUCAGUGGUGUAAUGAGGGAUCGGCAGUGGAAGUACAUCUUGUGCCGAAUGACCGACUUUGAUUGUGAAUUUCAGAACUUCUAGACUGCUUUUAUCAGUUAAUAUGCUGAUUGACAUGUCUAUGCGAAAUGAGUAUGCACACCACCACAAGAGCACUUAUAAUUCUACUAAUUAAAAAUGUGUGCCAUACCCUGAGUAUUAUGCAAACUUUUUUUUUGCACAUAUGAUAUUUUGUAAUUUUUUGCUCUGUGUAAGCCGGCAUGGAUUGCUUUGUUCUCAUAUUUAGCGCUCAUUUAGCUCGUUCUACUUAUUUUCAAAAUUAAAAUGACCAACAAUAACAAAAAAAACAAAAAACAAUCAAUCUGAUUUUUUUGUUGUUUAUCAUGAAUAAGGUGCACAAAUAUGUUAUAUGAAUGUGUAAUAAAAAUUGCAUGCUGUUAAAAGUAUUUUGAACACUAUAGUUUGAGUAUCUACGAUAGCAGCUUUACAUUUUGUAUUACUAAAAAAAGUUUCAAUGACCCAAAGUAAUUCUUUUUUUUUUUUUAAAUCAAGAGCUGUUCAGAUAUUCUGCAUUCUUUGUGUUUAAGGAUAUAACUAAUAAAGCAACCUUUUCUCCCACA